GUACUUGGAGACGGGAAAGGUUGUUUUGACAACGGGCUGAGUGUUUCACAGUCACUUCCUGGGAUAAGGGAAUCCGGUCAUUUUGGGGCACCGUUUUUUACCCAGAUACCGGGCAAGAUGAGCAUCAAUUUCAGUGCAAACCAGUAUGAAAAUGCUUUCAAGACAUUGAAGAACUGGGAAGUGCCAAAAGGAUUUGGAUGUUAUCCAUCUUCUCGUGACGGAUUCACUCAGAUCAUCGCCUCAGACCGCGGUCACCUGUGCCCUGGCGUGAAAAGAGACCGUUCUUCACCAUGGGGAUCAUUUGUGGGCACGUGGGACAUGCCCACCAAAGUUCCAGGCAACAAAAUUACUAACAGCACUGCCAGGUCUGGAGGGGCUAUGGAAAAGCUAGUGAGGAUGAAGACAGAGGGAGACAUCAUUCUCAGUGGACAACUCAAGAGGUGCAGGAUCCCUCCCCCACAGCGGAUCAAGGACGGUGUUGAUGACAUCAUAGCAGGUACAACUCUAAAACCAGCCUCGCCCAAACCAGCCACACCCAAAUCUGCCACAGGGAGAUUAUCAGGCGCCAGAGAGCCCAUCGUGGAAUCUCGGAUCCGAUCUGGAGCAAUGAACCCCGUCCCAGCCUCCAACACAUCACCCAAGUCCAUCGAAUGGCCACGUCCGGGAGCAUCACGCAUGGAGAAUGCACAGCGUCCAUCGUCCCACGCAUCCAAACCACCAUCCCCAACAAUGCCGACGUGUCCAGCGGAGAUAGCUGCAGCAGGUUUUGCAGCCAACAUGGUCGGAACCCCAGAACCGGAACUCCAAGCCCUGCAAAGAGGAACCUCCCCAGGAGGAAUGGUGACAGAACAAGCCCAAGUUUAGAUGUUUUAUUGACUCCUGGGUACUUCAAAUUUGGGGAGUAGAUUUCAAUUUCAAAUAAAAUGUACCCAAUUCGCAACGAUUUGAAAUAUUCGAGAUGAUAAUUAUUUUGACUCUGAUAUUUAAGAAUUUUGAAAGUUUUAUGACCAAUGUAUCAAUACAUUCUGUCAAAUCUAAUUUAUAAUUCAGUCUUAUUGAGAUUUUUACAUCUGUAUGAAAUUGUGGUCAGAUUAAAGACAUCUAUAUCCCCUUUUCAGGCAAAUUUUUAGAAAAUCAUUCUGCAUGUUCUGUAAGAUCCUACAAAAGCACAUGUGAUAUUCUGUUUUGUUUUUCUUAACAAUGUCUUUAUUUUGUUAACAAGUUUAACCCAUGUGUCCUUGUUUUGACAGAAAACUGUGGAAGUUUAGUGAUGUCUUCUAAUUUUCAUUCUGAAAUUUGAGAAAAGUCAUUUAAAAUGAGAAUAAUUUUCAAAUUUUAAAAUGUAUAUGUAAUAAGAUCACUGUAUAUACCAAGAUGAAAAUUGUCAUGAUGCUUUAAGGUGGCCGAAAUAUUUACAGUAAAUGUGUGUAGGUGAUGGUCAGGUUGUGAGAUGAUGGUACAAGGAGUAUGGCUUGCUAAAGAUCGAUGAUCGGAAAUGUUGUCAAUGGGAAUCAUUAUUAAUGAUUAUCGAUAUGAAAAUUGUGUAAUCGAUAAUAUUGUAAAUGAACUAUGAUGAAAUACUUUUCAAACUUACUAAGAGAAUACAUAAAGAUCGGUGUGUACACAUGGGUUGCACCUGAAGUGUUCAGGAUGGUAGUUUGUAGGUAAUUUAAGUCUAAAUGUCACCCCUCACAACUGAUGUGAAAUGUGUUGAUUUCUUUCUGAUUUUUAAUUUAAUUUUUGCUCAAAAUUACUUCUCUGAUGUUUAAAGAAUAUCGAUCAAUAUUCAUUUAACUAUGAUAGAUUUCUAUGAUCUAUAUCGAUACGCAGCCCAAAUAUGCAGUUAACUGUGUCAAUCAAGUAACUUGGAAUAUUGAACCUUCCAGCUGCCCCAUCAACGCUUUACACUGACGUAGCGAUACAACAUUCACAUUGUUUCUAUGUAUCAAGUCACAAUCCAAAGUAUUUUGAUAUUUGAAAAUAAUUUGAUGGUAUGUUGAUAAAUUUUGUGAGAGUUUAAUAUUAUAGAAGAGUGAUAAAAUUUAUAUUUUGUUGUAAAUGAAAUGUCUCCAUCACUCCCAAAAGGAUAAAUUAUGCAUGUUUUCAACCUCUAUUUUUCUCUUGUUGUUAUCUGAGUAGAUACUUCUGAUUGGAAAGCCAGACUUAACUGUUUCAUCUGUCAGUAGAAGGUCCUGUAUGCAACAGUGUGUAACAGCAAUCACUUCACGUGUUGUGUCCACGUCUUGUCCAAACUUCUUUUACCUCAAGCUUUGUUAAUAAAAUUGUUAAAACAAAAA